GAGCCGGGAGCGGAACGGCCCGGCUCCUACCUGGCCAACUAUGUGUCGGCUGAGUCUCCCAGCAAGGUUUCCAAACCCGGCCUCCCGGCCGCUGAUUCCAAAGCCUCCUUCGAGGCACACGUCAGAGAAAAGUUCAAUAGGAUGGUAGAGGCCGUGGACAAAACGAUCGAGAGGCGGAUCGACAAGCUUACCAAAGAGCUGUCCCAGAAGACGGCGGAGCUGCUGGAGGUGCGGGCAGCGUUCGUGCAGUUGUCCCAGAAGAAGCAGGAGGUGCAGCGGCGAGAGCGGGCCCUGAGCAGGCAGGUGGAUGUGGCGGUGGAGAUGAUCGCAGCCUUGAAGCAGCGACUGAGCGAGUCCGAGGAGGAGCUUCACCGGAAAGAGGUGUAAGUGGGGAGGCGAGAGCCGAUGGCUUGGCGAAGGCUGGCCAGCUCCUGCGUGAGUGACAGCCCUUGGGGGAGAAGAGAGGGAAUGGCUCAGUUGCUUGCUGAUUAUGAAGCCUGGAGCUCACCAGCUUCAGAUCGCUGUAUUUCCAGAGUUGUAGCCCAUGUGACCAUGUCCCCUGCAAGGCAGUGGACAGCUCUCUGAGCAGGUGGUUUUCGUGUUUGACUCCCUAGUGACUAACAGAGCGGGGACAGCUCCCUGAGGUGGUUUUCAUGCUUGACUCCCCAGUGACUAAUGUCUGCACUUUCUAAUGCCUGUGUUGUGCCUCUGGUUUCAUGGGGGUAGGGAAAAGUAGAAGCUGUCAUCAUCAUGUAAUCUGAUUUACACUGACACCUCUAAUGCAUAGUCUUUUUAAGAAGAUACAGGUAGAUAAGUAGAUGAAGUAUGUGAGAAUACUAAAUAGCACCUUUUCUCUUAAGCCAUCUCACCGUGGUCACUCCUGUGGAGUGCAAUAAUCUCCUGUGCAUCAAUGAAGCUUUACUGGAGACAGUGUUGAAAAGGCCACGUCCAUGUAGUUCAUGUCUGGUGUUUUAGACGGACACAAGAACUGAGGAACAGGAAUCACUUAUUUAGGGAUUGGGAAGCAGAUUCCCGAGUUCUGACUAACCUAAGCCAUCUGAAAAUAUGUUCAUGAUGCAUCCAUUAAAAAUGUAGUGAUAGCUGAUUCAUAAUUUAUACAUGAACUACUUAGUUUAUUCAUCACUUGCUGAAACCUUUCAGGCUUUUCAGAGCAACACAAAUUAUUUUAGAGAAAUGGAAAUAAAGAGCCUUGGUAAUGGUGUGUCUCUAAACCAGUUCAUCAGCUUACAAAGGGAAGACGAGAAGUGGUAGUUGCCAUGACACUGAUCUUACAAGAAAUAAGGAAGGUGGUGUAGGAGUUCAGUGUUGGAAGUUUGGAGGGCUUUCAUUACUCCUUCCUGUAGCCUAAGGACAAGAAAGAAAUCCACAGCAGUAGGAACCAUCUAUCUUGAAGCAAGCUGUAGAUUUUCCAGAAGAGGGGAUACAUAAAGUUGGCGGAACUUGAGCUUCUGAGAGCUUCCUUGAAGGGAUAUUCAACAGAAUCCGUCAUUUUAAAGUAUUGGGUGAUCCUCUGGGAAGAGAAGAUUGAAGGACUUAAGCUGAAGAUAAUAGUGGAACUGAGGCAGAUUUGAAAGUAUGCUGGAGGGAAGCCAUGAAGAUAACAUAGUUUCAAGUAGUUUUGGUAUUCUUAUCUGGCCAGACUUCCCUCCUGGGCUCUUUCACAGGGUGAGUCAUCCUAUUCUAGAACAGUAUCUUAGAGGGGAAGGGAUUUUUCUAUUGAAGGUCCUUCUUCCCUCUGCAGACUACCAGGAGACCUCAGGUAAGCAGCUGUUUUAGGCUAGAUGCAGAAUUUCAGAUAU